AUGUCAUCUUACUGCUCGUCCAUGGAGCUUGUAGACCUCAGAGGGUGUGAGCAUGUCAUCUUACUGCUCGUCCAUGGAGCUUGUAGACCUCAGAGGCUGGUGAAAGAAGUGGACAAUGAAGUGCGUCUGCGGCUCAUGCAGUUUGUCACUGGAACCUGCAGACUUCCCCUGGGUGGCUUUGCUGAGCUGAUGGGGAGCAACGGGCCUCAGAAGUUCUGCAUUGAGAAGGUGGGGAAGGAGACGUGGCUUCCCAGGAGCCACACAUGCUUCAACCGGCUGGACCUGCCUCCUUACAAAAGCUUUGAGCAGCUGAAAGAGAAACUCCUGUUCGCCAUCGAGGAGACGGAAGGAUUUGGCCAAGAAUAGAGACUUGUCCCCGGUCCUGGUUCUGUCCUGACAUGAAAUCCAACACAUGAUUGCACAAGAUAAUGUAUAUAAGCUAUAUUGUCAUUUUAAAGCAAAUCUUAUUUUAGCAGACCAUCUUUAAUAUAUGGAAGCCCAUCAAGAAAUAUGCAAGCAUCCUUCUUCCUGUUUGGCAACACAAGUCACGGCUCUUCUAGAGAGGACUUGACUUGAUUGUGUAGAGCUCUAGUUCUAUAGAGCUUCUGACAUCACACCAACCUCAACUAGUGCACCCUAGAACACCUUGGACUAUUCAAAGCCUCCUGAUAAAUACUUUGUUUGCUUGUGAAAUUCCCCGAAUCAAUGCAGGGAGAUGUACAAGUACUUUGAGCAACUAGAAUAAACACAAGUCAUGU